AUGGCUGGCCCUCUAUUCAAGCGGUUUGCGCCGCCUGCGCCUGCGCCCAAAAAACAGUCCUCACCCACCCCAGUACACAGCGAAACCUCGAAUCCUGCGCAUACCACAAAUGAGCCCGUCGUCGCGUUUGUGACCACACCUGUAGAAGGCGAUGUAGUCCCAAGAUCUAUCAAGAAACCAAAGAGGAGAAAGCGCGAAACUGAAGAAGCAAACGACGAGAGUGACGAGGUCGCAAAGAAGCACAAGAGCAUACUUUCCAAAUUCGAAAAAUCCUCCAAACUAGCCGAGGCGAAGAGCCAACAGCAUGAAGACGAGGUAACUGACAAGGAGGAAGAGGAGGAAGAGCUUCACGAUCUAGAGCCCAUGCCACAGCCAGCACCCGUUCCCGAGCCAGCAUACGAACCGACCUUUUCUACCCUUCCCACAUGGCUCGCUCAGCCCACAACCAUCGAGGCAUCUAAGACGGUGCCAUUUUCCGAGCUUGGUGUCGGCGCUACAUACGUGAAGAAACUGGAGAAACAAGGGUUCAAGGACGCUUUGGCUGUGCAAACGGCACUACUACCUAUGCUACACCCUGGCUUUGACCAGCACCUUGGCGACAUAUGUGUCUCUGCGAAGACGGGAUCUGGAAAGACGCUAGCAUAUCUGCUGCCAAUUAUCGAGGCGCUCAAGGAUCGUGCUGUCCCCAUACUUUCGGCAAUUAUAGUUGUACCAAGCCGACAACUUGUCAACCAGGCUCUUCAAGUCGCCGAAGAACUAUGUACUGGCACAAAGAUCAAACUUGGAACAGCAUUGGGCAAUGUCGCAUUCGCCACAGAAAAAAAGCAGCUUGUCAAGAUGAGGGCGCAAUACGACCCAAAACGAGCACAAGAGCUCAACGAGAAAGCGUCACAGCAGCACCAAAUGGGCCUGAUGGAAAGAGGAGGACUAUACGAGGACCUGAAGAAUAUGCCUCUCGGACACGUCCCAAAGUAUGAUUCGGGCGUGGACAUUCUCAUAUGUACGCCAGGCCGACUUGUAGAGCACAUUGAGCAUACAACGGGCUUUCUGCUCAACAAUCUUCGAUGGCUCGUCAUUGAUGAAGCAGACCAGCUACUUAACCAAAACUUCCAGGGCUGGGCGAGCGUGCUGAUGGAUGCGAUUCACGGUGAAACUCCGUACGAGUUUACGAAUGCUCGAGAACGAAUGGCCAAGCAACUACGGGAUGCAAACUCUGCCUGGUCGGUGGCGUUGCCCCAAAGACAAGUUACUAAAAUUGUGCUUUCGGCAACAAUGGAAAAGGACGUCAGCAAACUCGGCACAUUGAAGCUGAAGCGACCGAAGCUGGUUGUUGUGCAGGAUGCGAGCAUGGAGCUGCAGCCAAUGGAGACUGAAGACAAUGUUUUCGAGCUACCAUCGAGGCUGGAAGAGUUUGCCGUGCACCAAACAGGCCGCGUUCUCAUCUUCACUAAAAGUACAGAGAGCGCAUCCCGCCUGUCGCAUUUGUUGAGUGCACUUAUGCCUGGAUUCAAGAACCAUCUCAAGACCAUGACUAGGGCAUUGACAGCAGAUGCGUCGCGCAAAUUGCUCAAGUCGUUCAGUUCUGGGGCUAUCAAGAUUUUGAUUGCGUCGGAUGCUGCGUCUCGAGGGUUGGAUAUUCCUGACAUUACACACGUGAUCAACUACGACCUGCCGACAAGCAUCACCAGCUAUGUGCACCGCGUGGGCAGGACGGCGCGAGCUGGAAAGGCAGGACAGGCGUGGACGUUGUUUAGCAAGACGGAGGCGGCGUGGUUCUUGAAGCAGAUAGCCAAGGGCGACAGCAUCAAACGCGGAAACAACAAGGUUAGGCGUAUGGAAUGGAAGGAGAGUGCAGUGACGGCUGAUGGGAAGAAGCAGACGUACCGGGCAGCACUCAAGCAGCUAGAGAGUGCUGUUAGCGGGCAGACAGGAAGCGGAUAG